AGCCAGGUCACGUGGCCUCCACGUCACCGCCUCCGCUGUUGACGGUUGUUGGGGACGGCGGUCGCCGCACGGGCGGGCCGGCAGCGGCGAGAGCGAUGGCGGCGGCGGCCGGCGGAGGGACGAGGAACGGCGAAUGGGGAGCCUUCGAGGAGACGCUGCUGCAGGGCAGCAACUCAGCAGUGAUCGACAUGGAGAACAUGGACGACACAUCUGGCUCAAGUUUUGAGGAUAUGGGAGAGAUGCAUCAGCAAAUGAAGGAGGAGGAGGAUGUGAGUGAGGAACCUGUGGCCACAGAGGAUGAGGAUGCAGCAUUCCUUGGAAUGAAGGGAUUGAAAGGACAGCUGGGCAGAGAAGUAGCAGAUCAGGUGUGGAGCCAGGUGUGGCAAGCAGGCAAGAUUCAGGCAUCAAAGGCAUUCAAUCUGUACGGUAACAUUGAUAUCCUCAGACCGUACUUCGAUGUUGAGCCCAUUCAAGUCAGGAACAGAUUGAUGGAGUCUCUAAUUCCAGUCCGGAUGAUUAAUUUCCCUCAGAAAGUUGCAGGCGAGUUGUACGGCCCCUUAAUGUUGGUUUUCACACUGGUGGCUAUUCUUUUGCAUGGGAUGAAGACAUCUGAGACAGUAAUCAGAGAGGGCACGCUGAUGGGCACGGCAAUUGGAACCUGCUUUGGCUACUGGCUGGGCGUCUCCUCCUUCAUCUACUUCCUGGGCUAUUUGUGCAAUGCCCAGAUCACGAUGGUGCAGAUGCUGUCACUGGUGGGUUAUGGUCUGUUUGGACCUUGCAUUGUAUUGAUUGUCACCUACAACGUACAUCUUCAUUCCCUUUUCUACCUGUUAUGGCUUAUCGUUGGGGGCCUCUCCACCCUCAGGAUGGCUGCAGUGAUGCUCUCCCGCACUGUUGGACAGACCCAGCAGCUCACUGUCUGUGGGGCGCUCGCCGUUCUGCACAUGGUCUUCCUGCUUUACCUGCACUUUGCUUACCACCGGAUUGUUGAAGGUAUCCUGGAUACCUUGGAGGGAGUGAAUGCCGGCCCAGUGAGAUUCCCCCGAGACAUCCCAGCACUUUCAGAGGCUGUGCCCAACAGCACAGUGAGGUUGAUUGGUGCCAGCCUGCAGAUGCGUUGACCCCGAGUGAUCUUGGAGUUUCUGUUUUCUUCUUGCCCCCAGGUCUCUGUGGGGGGCAUCGUGUGCGGACCAUGCUGGGUGGAGGGAACUGAGGGGAAGGGGUUGCACCCUCCUGUAGACGGCUGUACCUGCAGAAUAAACUGCUUCAUCAUACUAGUGGGUACGGGGCUGUGGUUCAAAGCCUCCUCACGUCAACAGAUCAAGGCAACUUGUACAUAAUUGAGCUGUACUUUAAAAAAAAUAUAUACAUACCUAUGUGA